AUGGAUUCUACUGAUCUGUUCGAUGUUUUCGAGGAAACACCUGUUGAGCUUCCUACAGAUAGUAAUGGAGAAAAAAAUGCUGAUACAAACGUAGGAGAUACUCCAGAUCAUACCCAGGAUAAGAAGCAUGGCCUUGAAGAAGAAAAAGAAGAGCAUGAGGAAAACAACAGUGAAAAUAAAAAAAUCAAAUCCAAUAAGAGCAAAACGGAAGAUAAAAACAAAAAAGUUGUAGUACCAGUGUUGGCAGAUUCGUUCGAACAAGAAGCCUCUAGAGAAGUGGAUGCAUCGAAAGGACUGACAAAUUCAGAAACCUUACAAGUUGAGCAAGACGGUAAAGUCAGAUUAUCGCAUCAGGUCCGCCACCAGGUUGCACUACCACCGAACUAUGAUUAUACGCCUAUCGCUGAGCAUAAGAGGGUAAAUGAGGCUCGUACAUAUCCAUUCACAUUAGACCCUUUCCAGGACACUGCAAUCUCAUGUAUAGAUAGAGGCGAAUCUGUGUUGGUUUCUGCGCACACAUCGGCUGGUAAAACAGUUGUGGCUGAAUAUGCCAUCGCACAAUCUUUAAAAAAUAAGCAAAGAGUCAUUUAUACCUCUCCAAUUAAGGCUCUAUCAAACCAAAAAUACAGAGAACUUUUAGCAGAAUUUGGAGAUGUCGGUUUGAUGACUGGUGAUAUCACGAUCAAUCCGGAUGCAGGCUGUUUGGUCAUGACCACUGAGAUUUUGAGAAGUAUGUUAUAUAGAGGCAGUGAAGUUAUGAGAGAAGUUGCCUGGGUCAUCUUUGAUGAAGUGCAUUACAUGAGGGAUAAAGAAAGAGGUGUUGUGUGGGAAGAAACGAUUAUUUUACUGCCAGAUAAGGUCCGUUACGUGUUUUUAUCGGCCACCAUUCCAAAUGCAAUGGAGUUUGCUGAAUGGAUAUGCAAAAUUCAUUCUCAGCCAUGUCAUAUUGUCUACACAAAUUUCCGUCCAACUCCUUUACAACAUUACCUGUUUCCAGCCCAUGGAGAUGGUAUUUAUCUGGUGGUUGACGAAAAAAGUACCUUCAGAGAGGAAAAUUUCCAAAAAGCAAUGGCGUCCAUAAGUAACCAGAUAGGUGAUGAUCCAAAUUCCACUGAUUCAAGAGGUAAAAAGGGUCAAACCUAUAAAGGUGGCUCCGCUAAGGGUGACGCAAAAGGUGACAUUUAUAAGAUAGUGAAAAUGAUUUGGAAGAAAAAGUACAAUCCAGUGAUUGUAUUUUCGUUCAGUAAACGUGAUUGUGAAGAAUUAGCAUUGAAGAUGUCUAAAUUAGAUUUUAAUUCUGAUGAUGAAAAGGAGGCUUUGACGAAGAUUUUUAACAAUGCCAUUGCACUAUUACCAGAGACAGACAGAGAGCUACCCCAAAUUAAACACAUUUUACCAUUAUUAAGAAGAGGUAUCGGUAUUCAUCAUUCCGGUUUACUGCCCAUUUUGAAGGAAGUCAUUGAAAUUCUGUUUCAAGAGGGAUUUUUGAAGGUGUUGUUUGCAACAGAAACAUUUUCGAUUGGAUUAAACAUGCCUGCUAAAACUGUUGUCUUUACAUCGGUCAGAAAGUGGGAUGGUCAACAAUUCCGCUGGGUUUCAGGUGGAGAAUAUAUACAAAUGUCUGGUCGUGCAGGUCGUCGUGGUUUAGAUGAUCGUGGUAUUGUUAUUAUGAUGAUUGAUGAAAAAAUGGAACCUCAAGUUGCUAAAGGAAUGGUUAAGGGCCAAGCAGAUAGGCUAGACUCGGCUUUUCACUUAGGAUAUAAUAUGAUUUUGAACUUAAUGAGAGUUGAAGGUAUCUCUCCGGAGUUUAUGUUGGAGCAUUCUUUCUUCCAAUUUCAAAACGUUAUUUCAGUACCAGUUAUGGAAAAGAAACUUGCUGAACUGAAAAAAGACUUUGAUGGCAUCGAAGUCGAAGAUGAAGAAAAUGUUAAAGAAUACCAUGAGAUUGAGCAGGCUAUCAAAGGUUACCGUGAAGAUGUUCGUCAAGUUGUCACCCAUCCGGCAAACGCCUUAAGUUUCCUACAACCAGGCAGAUUAGUUGAAAUCUCUGUCAAUGGUAAGGAUAACUAUGGCUGGGGUGCUGUUGUCGAUUUUGCUAAAAGAAUUAACAAACGCAACCCAAGUGCUGUCUAUACAGACCAUGAAUCCUAUAUUGUCAAUGUGGUCGUCAAUACCAUGUAUAUAGACUCUCCAGUCAACUUGUUGAAACCUUUCAACCCUACCUUACCAGAAGGGAUUCGCCCAGCGGAAGAAGGUGAAAAAAGCAUAUGUGCUGUUAUUCCCAUAACUUUGGAUUCAAUCAAGUCGAUUGGUAAUUUGAGACUAUAUAUGCCCAAAGAUAUUAGAGCCAGCGGUCAAAAAGAAACUGUUGGGAAGUCUUUAAGGGAGGUUAAUCGGAGGUUCCCGGAUGGUAUUCCCGUGCUGGAUCCUGUUAAAAACAUGAAGAUCGAAGAUGAGGACUUUUUAAAGCUAAUGAAGAAGAUUGACGUUUUAAACACAAAGUUAUCCUCCAAUCCCUUAACCAAUUCCAUGAGACUAGAAGAACUAUAUGGUAAAUAUAGUAGAAAACACGAUUUACAUGAAGAUAUGAAACAAUUGAAACGCAAAAUUUCAGAAUCACAAGCCGUAAUCCAACUGGACGAUCUUCGUCGCCGUAAAAGAGUUUUGCGCCGUUUAGGAUUUUGUACUCCUAAUGACAUUAUUGAACUGAAAGGUAGAGUUGCAUGUGAAAUAUCUAGUGGUGAUGAACUGUUACUAACAGAAUUGAUCUUCAAUGGUAAUUUCAAUGAGUUGAAACCGGAACAAGCAGCAGCAUUAUUAUCAUGCUUUGCAUUCCAAGAACGCUGUAAAGAAGCGCCUAGAUUGAAACCAGAGCUUGCCGAACCUUUGAAGGCUAUGAGAGAAAUUGCAGCAAAGAUCGCUAAGAUAAUGAAGGAUUCUAAAAUUGAAGUUGUAGAAAAGGACUACGUUGAAAGCUUCAGACAUGAACUAAUGGAAGUUGUUUACGAAUGGUGUAGAGGAGCUACUUUUACGCAAAUCUGUAAAAUGACCGACGUUUACGAAGGUUCGUUGAUCAGAAUGUUCAAGAGAUUAGAGGAAUUGGUGAAGGAGCUGGUAGACGUCGCCAAUACCAUUGGUAACUCUUCACUUAAGGAGAAGAUGGAAGCUGUCUUGAAAUUAAUUCAUAGAGAUAUCGUAUCUGCUGGUUCUUUGUAUUUAUAG